AUGCCCGCUGGAAAAUUUACACAAGAUGAGCUGGACCAAAUAUACGCCUUUGCGGUUGAUUUGGGCCGAAAGGCCGGUGAUCUGCUCAUGGAAAGAGUCGAACAACGCAUUGACGGUAGCGAUGCUCCUCAAACAUUUGAAGAAAAGGAGAAUGCCGUCGAUAUCGUGACGCAGACAGAUGAAGAUGUGGAAGUUUUCAUUCGAGAUGCUAUUCACACAAAAUAUCCUACGCACAAGUUCCUCGGUGAAGAGUCGUAUGCCAAGGGCGAAUCGCGCGAGUAUCUCCUUGAUGCACAACCAACAUGGUGCAUUGAUCCUCUAGAUGGAACUGUGAACUACACACAUCUCUUUCCAAUGUAUUGCGUGUCAAUCGGAUUCGUCGUCGACAACCUUCCCGUCAUUGGUGUUAUUUAUGCACCAUUCCAAAAUCAGCUUUUCUCUGCCUGCAAUGGGCGCGGUGCCUGGCUUAAUGAGAAACGUCGCCUUCCUCUGAUUCGAAAUCCAAUUCCUCCGAUGCCCGCCAACGCCCCUUCUCAGUGUAUCUUUUCAUGCGAAUGGGGCAAAGACCGUCGAGAUAUCCCUGAUGGUAAUAUGCAUCGCAAAAUCGAAAGCUUUGUCAAUAUGGCUGCGGAGAUUGGCGGGCGAGAAGGCAAAGGUGGCAUGGUGCACGGAAUUCGAAGCCUAGGCAGUGCCACCUUGGAUUUAGCAUACACAGCGAUGGGAUCUUUCGAUAUCUGGUGGGAAGGAGGCUGCUGGGAGUGGGACGUGGCCGCUGGUAUCGCAAUCCUGCUUGAAGCCGGGGGCCUGAUCACCUCAGCGAAUCCGCCCGACGACUUUGACACAGCAUCGAUUCCGGACGUGAAGCUCGGAAGCCGACUGUAUCUGGCAAUUCGACCCGCAGGUCCAUCAGCUACAGAGUCUGGCCGCGAGUCCCAAGAACGUACAGUGCGAGAGGUAUGGCGACGGGUUCGCCAGCUGUCAUACUCUCGACCGGGCGCUUAA